AUGUCAGUUCCAACCUUGAACUACACCGACUUCACCUCGGGAACCAAAGAGCAGCGUGAAAAGUUUGCCCAAGACCUCUUAGAUAGCUUCGAGAGGACUGGGUUUGCGAAGCUCAAGGCCCAUACUUUCAACGCACAGGAAUUGAAGGAAUUGUUUACAUGGGGUCAUAAAUUCUUCGACCAACCAUUGGAUGUGAAGAAUGAAAUUCCAAAUGAGACAGGUCCUCGACCCAUGCGUGGCUACACCCCAUGGAGGGUGGAGGAAGUUGGAAGACUUCACCGUGAUGCAAGAGUUAGAAUGAUGAAAGAUUCCAAGGAGCACUUUGAUCAGGGUCCAAGCUAUGACGGCGAGUUCCCAAACCAGUGGCCCAAGUCACCCGAGCUUUCCGGCUUCAAAGAGUUCAUGGAAGACUUCUACCGUCAAUGCGACAAUACUUGCCUGACUCUCAUGGCAGCUCUGGAAGUUGCCUGGGGUAUCGAUGAUGGCUCGUUGGUCGCUCGUUGUGUUCCCAGUGCAACGGACCUCCGACUCACUCACUAUCCUGCCAUCCCCGUGGAGGAGAUGCAGGGAGACCGCGCAAGCCGCAUUGCACCCCACACCGAUUUUGGUCCCAUCACACUAUUGUUCCAGGACAGCACUGGCGGCUUGGAAAUUGAAGACAGGGACGAAAAGUCGAAGACCAAGUCUUUCGUUCCUCUGCCGCCCACUGAUACCACAGAGAUGAUUGUCAAUGUAGGUGAUACGCUCACACGUUGGACAAAUGGAAAGAUCACAGGCGGAAUUCAUCAGGUCACUGCACCGGAGGCAAUGAAAGAGGGCAGUGGCCUGACAAUUCCACCCCGAAUGUCGAUGGCCUAUCUCUUCAAGGCCGAGCGCAAUGUCUCCGUUGGCCCAUUGCCAAAAUUCGUGUCGGAAAAGCAGCCUGCCAUCUAUCCCAACAUGACGGCGUUUGAGUUCCAGCAAUGGAGAAAUAGCACCGUCUACGGGCUUAACGAGCAAGAGCACCUGAGUGAGAAGGAGCAGUUGAACGAGAAAGAUCAUAUGUUUGGCGUGGAUAGCUGGAAAAACACUCCCAGGGCUAUCCGAGUGCAAGCUUGA